AUGGAUUUUUGGCAACGUUUGAUAGCGGGCACAUCCCUCGCGCCAGUCGGCAGCAAAACUACGUCGAAUGAUCCGGAAAAACGAUUGGUGAGGUUUAAGAGGGAAUAUAACCGGCUUUUGCAAUUAUGGCGCAGUGCAUCGAAUCUAGCUCGAGAUUAUGAAGCGGCAGAACAGAUACGAAUCUGUCUUUCGGAAAUCACUCGAGUGCUUAGCGAUGAAUCAAGACGCCCUUUACCACAUCCUUGCAUAGCUUUUGCGGCGGAGAAACAAAUUUACAUUUCGAUUGGCAAGAUAGCAACGACAUCGUAUCAUGAGGGGAUUAUUAGAGAGGCGGUAACUCUCUUUGCUGCUUUGCUUGAUAGCGAGGAGGAGCAUUUCGUCGAGAAUGAUGUGUUUGCUAAGAGUCUCAUGAAUUUGUUGAUUCGUAUCACCGGGACGAAUAGCAUAAGUUUGGGCUCGGAAUUGGUGGUGGAGGUGGUGGAGUUGGCGUUCAAUAUUACGACGAAGAUUAGGCUGGAUCCGGAGAUUCUUCCGGUAUGGUUCACGUCGCAAAGGAGGGAUGAUGAUGUUUCAAAGGGGUUUGCUGAAGAUCCGCAUGAGAAGUUUGCGGGGAAGACGCAUAAGGAGGAUUUCCAGCUGUUUUAUUUGUUGGUUGACUACAUACAUGAGGAAGGGAGAUGUGGAGAUUUUGCACGGACGGGUCUCCUUUAUAUUAUUGAGGCUGCAUCGAAUGAUGUGGCGCUGGAGCAAUGGAUAGUUGAGAGCGAUUUAGCUACUCUCAUGGCUACGGGUCUUGGUGCGCUCUAUAGUCAGCUUAGUCGAAAGCUUGUGAUCGACCAUCCUCCCGAUGCAUUACCUCCUGCUCUAGCUCUUUCUGAUUAUCGACAUCCUCUUACAACACAUGAGAUUGUGAGCUCGGUCGAUGAGGAUUAUCAGUCGCAUAUGGAGACUUUUCUUUCACAUUUGGUCUUCUGGCAAGAUGUUCUGAAUCAUUGCAAGUCUGUGGAAGUGAAACAGACACUAUUGGAACACUUUCAGGUCAUAUUCCUGCAACAAUUACUUUAUCCAUCUUUGCUCGAGUCCUCAGAUGUUGAUGGAGGAUCAUCGGUUGCAGUCUUGACAUAUCUAAGACGAAUUUUGGAAUCAUUGGAUCAUCCCGAUAUGAUACAUCUCAUUCUUCACUAUCUUCUCGCUUUGCCUGAUACAACACCUGCGCCUACAGGCUCGAAAGCUUCUGUGAGCGCUGCGAGAAAACGAAAGUCUUUAGAUCUCGCAACCUUGGUGGCUUUGCAGGUAGAAGGGGGUGCGCCUGCAUUGUACAAUCUGGUGGAUCUUAUUCUAGGAAGUUUGCGAUCAGAAAGUUCACAGACUGUGACUGUUACAUUACAGCUUGUAUCUGUCAUUCUGAAGCGACAUCAUCGAUAUGCUGUGACUACACUGCUUCGAACGGGUCAAGUACUGAGUGACGGACCCCAACGUUCUAUUGCAGCUCAUGAAAGAGAAAUAGAGUGCUUACUUACAAUGGCCGAAGAUCUCGGUGGAGUUGAUGACUUUGAUGAAGUUUAUGAAAAUCAUAUCAAGGAUAGUAUGAACAUUUUGGAGAGUCAUACAUGUUCUCUAGCACUUGUUGCGCCCAAUCCAGCUGGUGGAACCUCGAAAUUUCCAAGUUCGCAAGCAACAAUUCCCGGUGCUCCGAGAGAUAUUCGACCACACACCUUGAGACCAGAAGAUCCUGUUCUUGUGACCUUGCUUGAUAUCUUAUCAACUUUUUUCAUAAAUCCGGUCGAGACAAAUCUUUCUUUGACAGCUACAAUUGUGGAUUUGGCAACAUGUGGUUUCAUGAAUAUUGAUGGAUGGCUUUUACCUGAUCCUUCAAAAUAUGUAUAUGAGGAGUCUGAAGAAGGAAGAGCAGAUGAAAUCGUGGACGACCUUCUUCUUGCUAAUAUAGGAGAUCCCGAUGAAAUCUUGGAAAAAGCACAAAUUCGAGCUCUCAAACUAACACAACGUCGCCUUACAUGGUCAGCUACUCCAAAACCCGACCUACUUACAAGGCUCAACACACUUGUCGACCAAGUCAACAGCUAUCGAACCGAGAUUCCUCGCUUCGAAGAUAUUCUCCAACAACGCCGCGAUGCUUUCCAACAAGCAGCAUCCAUGCCCACCCCAGUUCAUCAUCGACCCAGAAGUCAUCGUGAAUCAUCCACUCACACCGAAUCACCUCCUCGUCAAUCUGCCCUUGACAAAGUCGCCCAACGUAUCUUCUCCGAUCUUAGCACCCCCUCCCGAUCAGGCUCUCCCCAGACUCGUGGCCGCCCCUCAAAGCCAACUCGAGAACAGAGAAGCACAAGUGGUAGUCAUGGUUUCUCAACACCCACUAAUCGUACUUUAAAUCCACCGCCUCAAUUCUCAAUAGCCGCGGAAACACUCAGUAGAGCUAGUUCGCAUUCGAGGAGUAUUGCCUUGCAGGAUGAGGAUACAAUUGCAAAUGGGAAAUUGAGAGGGGUACCACCUAGUCAGGCAGCGGCAUUUGCGGCUAUUGAUCAAGGGAUUUUAAAUCGAAGGGUGGGAAUUCCAUCUCCUCCGAAAAGGGACGUGAUGGCACCGAUACCCUUUCCGGAUCUUACAAACUCGACAACUGAGGGGAAAGAUACAGAAAUAGAAACAGAAACAGAAGUAUCGGAGACGACGGAUGGGGCUGUGGAAAGUAAAACUUUGGUGGAGAAUUUCGAGAUGGGUAGUAGUGGUACGGAGGGAACUGAAAGUUUAAAGUGGAAGGUGGUGGAGGAGAUGGAAAAGAAAAACGAGGAAAGGGAAGAAAUGGAAAGGGAAAGAGAAAGGGAAAGGGAAAGGGAAAGGGACAGAGAAGAGAAGAAGGUUAGCGUAAGUCAUAUCUUGACAAAUGUUAUUGUGUUGCAGGAGUUUCUCUUGGAAUUGGCGGCGCUGGUACAGGUUAGAGCGGGACUGUUUGGGGAGGUUAAGGUUGUUUAG